AUGGCGGAAUCCAACCAGGAGAAAACCUCAUUCACGACCGAUCGAGGGCUAUAUUGCUACAAAGUAAUGCCGUUCGGACUGAAGAAUGUUGGGGCCACUUAUCAGAGGCUUGUGAAUAAAAUGUUCCAGGCACAGAUCGGACGAAACAUGGAAGUGUAUGUCGACGACAUGCUGGUUAAGAGCCUGACCUCAUAUAAUCAUGUUGCGGACUUGGCGGAGGCAUUUGAUACGCUGCGCAAAUACCACAUGAAAUUGAACCCGCAAAAGUGCGCGUUCGGUGUUGAUUCUGGAAAGUUCCUGGGAUUCAUGGUGUCGCAGAGGGGAAUCGAGGCGAAUCCUGACAAGGUGAGGGCCAUUCUGGAAAUGCCAUCCCCCCGGACGACAAAACAGCUACAGCAGUUGACGGGGAGGCUAGCGGCACUAAAUCGUUUUGUUUCUCGAUCCUCGGAUAAAUGUCUGCCUUUCUUUAAGGUCCUGAAGAAAGCCUUCAGCUGGACGGAAGAGUGUGAGAAAGCCUUCGGAGAGUUGAAGAUCUACUUGACUAAUCCCCCGCUUCUGAGUCGUCCAGUAGAAGGAGAGAUCCUUUAUUUGUAUCUCGUGGUCUCACGGACCGCGGUUAGCUCGGUGCUAGUAAGGGAAGAGUCAGGCAAGCAGAGGUCGGUAUAUUUCACGAGCAAAGUACUGCAUGGGGCGGAGGAACGAUAUCCCCGCAUAGAGAAGCUGGCAUAUGCUCUUGUAAUUUCGGCACGAAGGUUAAGACCCUACUUCCAAGCACAUGCUGUCCGGGUAUUAACAGAAUACCCUCUCCGAAAAAUAUUGCAGAAACCGGAUUUGUCGGGAAGAUUGGUCAAUUGGUCGAUCGAGUUAGGGCAAUAUGAUAUUGAAUACCACCCCCGAACGGCUGUAAAGGGGCAGGCUUUGGCGGAUUUCGUGGUCGAAAUGAAUGAGACACCGAACGCGGAGGAACUGCCGAAGGGCUUAAUUUGGAUUGUUUAUGUAGACGGCUCGUCGGCGGGGGAAAGAUGUGGGGCCAGGAUAGCUUUCCGAGGACCCAAUCGAGAAGAAUUCCGAUAUGCCCUCAAGUUCAGAUUUGCUGCAACGAACAAUAAAGCCGAAUAUGAGGCCGUGCUCUCAGCCAUGGAGAUUGCCCGGGAGAUGGAAAUAAUGAAUUUGGAGGUCCGGAGUGACUCGCGUGUUGUAGUCGAACAGGUGAAUGGGAGUUAUACUGCCCAAGAAGCGAGAAUGUCGCGGUACCUGGACAAGGUAUGCCAAUUCUAUCUUUACUUUGAUAAGGUUGUUUUAACCAAAGUCCCCAGAGAAGAAAACGGCCUGGCAGAUGCUCUUUCGCGCAUCGGUGCGGGGACAGACCCGGCAGUGACCGUAGGGGGCUGCAAGAUCUUGGUUAAAGCCCGCCCAGCAAUAUCGUCGGAUGCAGAGGUAAUGCAGCUGAACGAAGCGGAGCCUGAAUGGGGAGCGGAAAUCGUGCAAUACUUGAAGAUGGGAGAGCUCCCCCCUGGGAAGACAGAAGCUCAAAAAGUCAUUCGGAAUUCGGCUCGCUAUGUGCUGGUCGGGGAGAUUCUUUAUAGACGUGGAUACUCUCUUCCUCUGCUGAAAUGCUUGCCGGAUGAAGAUGCAAGUUAUGUUUUGAAAGAGGUACACCACGGUGUGUGCGGAAAUCAUUCAGGAACAAAGGCGUUGUCAAACAAGAUCAUAAGGGCAGGAUAUUAUUGGCCGACGAUGAUCAGAGAUGCGAAGGAAAUGGCGAGGGCGUGUGACGCAUGUCAGAGAUUCACCUGUGUAUCAAACAGCCCCCCAGAAUAUCUUCAUUCAGUUACUUCGCCAUGGCCAUUUGCUAAAUGGGGGGUCGACAUCGUCGGACCCAUGCCGCCGGGCAAAGGUAAUCGAAAGUUCAUUCUAGUUGCGGUCGACUACUUCACCAAAUGGGCUGAAGUCGAGGCAUUGGCCGCAAUCACAACCGAAAAUGUUAUAAAAUUCCUCUGGAAGUCAGUAAUAUGCAGAUUCGGUAUCCCAUAUGCUAUGGUGACCGACAAUGGGAAGCAGUUUGAUUGUGACCGUUUCUAA